AGUGUCAAUAUUCUUGUAUUAAAUAUUACUAAACAGCGCUGGUAAAACAGCGCGAAUAAGAUUUAGUCACGAGGUAACUGUUACUUUUCUCAGCGCCAUUCAGGACAAACCAAUAACAAUCGAUUGUGUUGACUUAAUCGAGUUUUUAUUUAUUUUUUUAUCAUUUUUUAGCGAUUGCUGGGGCGGAUUUCCAUUUAAACGCCAGAUGACAAUCAUUUAGAUUUACGUAUUUAAAAUAUUCAAAUGUUUUACUGUGCGAUUUUCUCUAACGAAGUACUAAAAUAGUAAUAAUAUCCUGUGUUUUGAAUGGCGCUCAAUUGACUAUUCGGCAUCAUGAGCGCCAGUGCGCCUCCUAAAGGAACAAUGACUUUUUUAUUCACUGUCAUACAUGGUUGCCAGGGUGGCGGUUUUCCCGCACAAUUGGGCUAUUUUAGAAAAGAAGUUGCGGGAAAAAAUACGGAGUUGCGGGUUGCGGUUUUUUGGGAUACAUUUAUAAUGUACCGUGGCCGCAAAAAAAAAUAAAAAAAAUAAUUGUGGUCAAAGAUAAAAGUGAACCUUUUAUAAGUGAGUGUUUUUCCUGGGAAUGAACACUUGGCAACAAACGCUGCUUCUCGCGAGAUGCGAGUAGGCGCGCACGCCACAUGUGCUUUGACAUCACAAAUCAAGCAUCAUCAUCACGUCACUCACAUCAUGAGAGCGUUGUAGUCAGAAGCGUCAGUUAGGUUGUCUGUGGAUGAACAAGCAGCAUUCUUAAAUAUCAGCGUCCUUCACUGUGCGUCUGGUGCCAUUCGGCUCCCUCUUCAACACAUGUGUGUGUCCAUGUGUCCACAGACGGCUCGCAGCGCUUGAUGAAGAACAUCAGAACCAGGCACAAACAGGGCUGAGAUGUGGGUGCGUGUAAUUGUGACCUCUGUGCUUCUUCUGUCAGGAGUCGGGGCAAGUAAAUUGCUGGUGUAUUUCUCCAGGACAGACAUCUGCGUUUGGGCUGGGACCACUGUAACACUGCCGUGCCGCUACGAUUACCCCUCGCCCUCCAGCUCUACGCGGGUCAUGUGGUUUCACAUCUCUGUGGAGGGCCGACGGGAUGUUGCCUACCACACUGAUGGGAAUCUGUUGAGCCCCUCUUUCAGGGACAGGAUCAAAUACAUGGGGGGACACAAAAGAUGCAGUUUGCAGAUCACGAACGUUAAGCUGAGCGAUGCAGGAAUGUACCAUUUCAGAUUCGAGACCGACAACCAGGGGAGAUGGACCUCUCCUGAUGCCAUCACACUGUCUGUCACAGAGCUUCAGGUUCAUGUACAUCCUCAGAGAAUAGGCAACAUGUUUUCUGCUGGCGAGACGGUCUUCUUGAGCUGUGUGGCGCGAGGCUGUGCCGCCCCUGGCAGGAACUUUGCCCUUUAUCGGAAUGGGAUCAACUUGGGUCAGUCCAACAAGCUGUCAGCCAUCUAUAACUUUGACAGCCAGCAUGCAGGUACCUACACCUGCCGUCCAAUACCCCCUCAAAAUGUUCAGUCACCAGGACUCACCCUGGCUCUCGGAUAUGCUCCUCGCUACACCACGAUACAGAUGACCCCUCGAGAGGCAGUCGGGGAGGGCGAUUCGGUGACUUUGACCUGCAGUAGUGAUGGAGCUCCGCCAGCAGAAAGUUUCACUUGGUUUAAAGAAGGAGAGAGUGGCAGUGUGCCAGACAGCUUUCAACCUGAGCUGAGAUUGUGGAGUUUGGACUACAGGGACCAUGGAGAGUACUUCUGUGUGGCCCGCAACCCACUCGGCACAGACCGGUCCAGACCACUUUUACUCAAUGUUACCUACUCCCCAAAGAACACAAGAAUCCUCAUCAGUCCUAAAGGUGACAUCAAGGAAGGGUUUGCUGUCAAUCUUACCUGCAGCAGCAACGCCAACCCUCCCGUGCAGAAAUACGCCUGGUACAAAGUGAACGGCGGUCAGCCCUGGACCAAAGGCACUUCACAAAAUCUCACCUUUGCUAGCGUGCGUUCCCAUCAUGCCGGACAGUACUACUGCACUGCGUGGAACGUGUUUGGCAUGGGGACAUCACCCACUAUUUCUCUUAUAGUACUCUAUGCCCCCCAAAACACCUCUGUGCUGGCUCGGCCUUCCACUGUGAUCGAAGCGGGCAGCUCGUUGACGCUGACCUGCAUCAGUCAGGCCAAUCCGGCGGUGGAGAACUACACCUGGCACCGGAUCAAUGCGGCUGACGCCUGGGAAACUCGAUCGGGUCGCAGCUACACCAUUGCUGAGGUCAGCCCUGGAGCCAGCGGCCAGUACUACUGCGAGGCCCGCAACCGCAUCGGAGCGCACAGCUCCCCGGUUCUGACCGUGAAAGUCCGAGGCCGACUGAAAGUGAUCGCAUUGGCAUCUGCAGUUGGUGUUUCUAUAGGAUUGAUAUUUCUGACCGUGGUCGUCAUGAUCAGUAAAAACAUGCAUCGCGUCGACACUGAAAAUCUUGGGGAAGAAAAACAGUGUUCACCAGUAGUUGACUUGCCAGUGGACGAUUCUCAGUUUAGUGGAUCAACUUCAGAGAUGUUUUACCUCAAGAGCACAAAAAUGUCAGACAUUCUGGAAGAGCCAGAGGAGAUUUAUGAAAGUAGCCACCCUUCCAUCGUGCCGCUGAAAGAAGCCGCUCAGAGCGCUGAGGAACAGGGAAAACUCAACUACAUUACGUCAGGCGAAGGUCACAAACAUACCUCUAGAUGGAGACAAGAAGCUCAAAGAUGGUCCUAAUGUUAUUUAUACUGUUCUUGACAAGCAACCGAGAGAGGAGAUGGAAGAAUCUGGAGUCUGAAGCAGUCAACUGAUGGAAGAAAUUGUAAAACCACACAGGGACUUUUUUUUUUUAUGUGCACUUAUGGACCACUUGAUGUAGCCUGGACACCAGAGACUGGAAAAUACACAUGGUACACCAGUGGAAAAAUAUCCCCACUGGAUGCUCUGUUUAAUUGUGUCCAGCUGCAGUUUAAUCAAAUCCAGCUGCUCUAAAUGACACACUACUGUUCAAAUGUUUAGGGUCAGUAAGAUUUUUUACAUUUAUUUUAAUUAAGAAUACAGCAAAACAGGUAUAUUGUGGAAUAUUAUUAAAAUAUAUAAUGACUCUUUUUAUUAC